AAAUACGAGGAAAAAAUGGCGGCAGUUUAUACGAGCGAAGAUCAUUCAAUGUAAGCUUUGCGGAUGGAUAAAUUUGUUGUGCAGAAAUUGUCCCAAGUUCCUCAUCCAAAGACAAAGUCACACCUUUCUGUGAAUAUAGAUGCAAAACAGCGAGCAAGUAAAUAUCCGUCAGGAACUUUUCACGUGGAUGAUGGUCUGUUGUUCUGUUCAAAGUGCAAUGUCGUAAUUGAUCAUGUAAGGAAAUCCACCGUCGAUGACCACCUAAAAUCAAAGAGUCAUGCCAAAGCAAACUCUUUUGGAAAGCAGCAGUCUGUCAAAACAGCACUGAAAUUCUCUAACAAUGCAAAGGCAGAGAAAAUCAAGGUUUGUCAAGAAUGGAUAUUUGCAUGCACUGCGGCGAAUAUUCCGCUAUUAAAAUCUGAUAACGCAUAUCUAAGAGAGUUCUUGACCACAAGGGUAAAAAAUGGCGGUGCUAUUCCUGGAUCCUCUCAACUGCGAGAUGAGUAUCUUGUUGAUGUAUAUGUUGUAGAGAAAGAGGAAUUGAAGUAAAAAUUUAACGGUAAAAAAGUCGCUAUAUUGACUGAUGAGCUGAGCGAUGAUGAGGGACGCUAUGUAAUGGAUGUCCUGGCUGUUAUUCUUGAUUUUGAUGAACUAUCUCCUCAUGGCAAUACUUGCGCUUAUUUACUGGAUACACAUUUUUUUUCCGCGGAAUUCCAGAAUGCCUGAUUUUAAUACCUAAUUCUAUGUAUCAACUAAAAUAUUCACUAUAUGCAUGUGACAUGUAUAGACUUCCUGUUCAAAAUGUUUUUUUCCUUCAUUGCUGGACAGAACUUUGACAAAUCAAGUUUUUGGCUGAAGAUCAGAAGCCAACCAUAGAAACUUUAUUCAAGCAAAUUACUGAGAUGAAUGAACUUUAAACAUACCUGAUGUUAGCGUCAACUUUCCAUUUCUAUAAAAUGUCAAGUUUUUUUCUCCUUUGCAAACCAGAGGCUCCACUUUCUUUACCAUUUUCAUGACAGUAGAAUCAAAUGGGUCAAUGUUGGGAAUAUUGCA